GUUCUGUGGUUUCCAGUUCAGCUGAUCGUCAAAAAGUUUUUAAAAACCCAGCUACACAGAAAAAAGUUUUCUCCUUCUGAUGUUUUGAAGAUUCUUGGAUAUCCUGAUAUUCGGGUAUAAAUGAAAAAUAGAUGAUCUUCCUUAGAAUCUCAGAUCAUAACCAAAUUAUUAUAUUUUGUGGUACCCAAUGGUUGCAUGUUCAGUAAUCUAGAACAAAAAAAACAUAUGGUACAGAUCAGAAAAUUCAAGAAAAGCAGGAGAGGGAUUGAUGGAAAUUUAGGGGAAACUGAUGCAGUAAAUCGAGGUGCCAAUUUACUGAAAUUAUUGGGGUUCAUGAGAAAAAAAAACGACUAUAGGGUCAUCUAAAAGUCUUAUCAAAAAGCAACUACAGAAUCAUUCCAUUCCAUUUUUUUUAAUUCAAGAGGGGCUACAGAAUUCCCCAACAUUUUACAGAGAUGGCUGAGGAAACAAAAUAAAACAAAGUAUUUGUGUUGAGCACAGUCUCAAUAUCUUGCCAAUUAUGCUGAAGAUGUGGACUGUCAUCCUAGUGAAUGGUUAUCCGACAUCCUGUAGGGUCUCCUAUUAUUGAUAUAAACAAAGUCAUGCAACAACCACAGAUUUCAGAAGAUAUUCCUGUAAAUUGUGAUCUUUCAAAUGAAGUUAGUUACACAAAAAAAGCAAAACGAUGCAACAGAUCUGGUGCUGCAAGGAGGCGCAAGAAAAGGUUAGCAGCAGCAAUGACAGUUGAUGGCACAUCAGCCUCAAAUAAUGAGCACUUUCCUAGAAGUUUUUCAGCAUCAGAAUCUUCAACAUCAAGAAGAGUCUAUUCUACUGGAGCUGAAAUACCUGGGCAUUCUUAUUUAGAAAAGUCUCAAAUGCAUCCUCAACUAUCGACUGGUUUUAAGCCUUUCCAAGAUCCUUCCACUUUAGGACAAAGUUGGGGAGCAUCUAGCUCAUAUCCUAAGACAUUAGGGGAAGAUUGGUCAUAUAAUAUAUCUAAGAAGCUAAAAGAUAGUAGUGAACCUAAGUCAGCCUUUCCUACAAAAAACCAACAUAGCCUCAGAGUAGCAAUAAUUAAUAAUAAUCACCCCUUGGGGCAUAUUCCUGAAGAUAAGGAGCCCCAUAUAAAGACAUUGCUGCAGAUAGAGCUUGACAAGCUGAUCUUGUCUUCUAAACACAAUUCUGAUGCAGUUCCAGCUUUCAAAUCGUGGAAGUAUUCUGAGAAGGUGAUAAAUAUUACAUGUUUAGAUGACCAUACUCGUAUUUGGCUGACAAAAACUGUAGCCAACAUUAAGCCUUGGAACAAUGCUUCUUUAAGUAUAGUGUCAUCAGACAACUUACCAAAACUGACCAAAGCAACUCUUUUUAUUCCAAAUGACGUGAUGGUUUGUGGCAUAGAGGAGAAAAACGUGGUUUUGCGACGGCUCGCUCAGCAGAAUCCAGAAGUGAGUGUUCAGAAAUGGAGGCUGUUUCGCUAUAAGGAACUCCCUUCAGGGCAGAUGUUUGUUUUUGGCAUCGGGGAUCGUGAUAUCAAAAUUUUAAUAGAUAAGUUGCUUGAAAUAUUUUAUCUUUUUCGCUCAUUGUAUCUCAAAGUCAACCUGUCUAAUCUGGUAGCGCAAGUGGUAGAUGAUGUUUUGACCAAGGCAAAUGAUGAACGUUCAUCUGAUUCCGAAUGUUGAACUGGGUAAGAACAAUUUAUCGAAAACGACUUUGACGUAUUUCAGUUUUGUUGCUUUUUAUUUUUGUAUUAUUUUUCAUUGAAGAAGAUAUUACUUUUGUGUUAUAAAUAAAUAAGUUUUCUGAA